AUGUUACAUUUCGAAAAAGGUGAAUCGAGCAGUGAAACAAGUGCUGCGGCACCUCAAGAGUCAAAAGCUCUAUCUUCUUGUUGCGUUAAUGUAAAAAACGAUGGAGCCUUGUCCACAGCAUCCGUGCUGGUAGCAAAUUCGGAUAAACAAUUGAAGACAGCUCACAUUGUUUUAGACAAUGGUUCUCAAACCGGCCUUAUUACAGAAAAACUCUGUGACUCCCUCAAUCUUCAGAAAAUUCCAAUAGAUGUGACGUUAAGCGUAGUAAACAAUCUUUCUUCCAGUGUCAAGUAUAGAUACAACGUUCAAAUUCUUUCAAGACAAAAUAAUUUUGAGUUUAAGGUUCCCUGUCUUGUCGUUCCGGAGAUCACAACUCAUUCUCCAAAUUCAAAAAUUAGCACAAUCGCCUUAAAGAUUCCUUCUCAUCUCAAUUUAGCAGAUCCUGAAUUUGACAAGGCCGGAAAAAUUGAUAUAUUAAUAGGAAAUAACAUCUUUUGGACUUUGAUUUGUAUAGGUCAAGUAAAAUUAAAUGAUCAAGGUUUGCUUUUACAAAAAACUAGAUUGGGUUGGAUCUUGGCGGGUCCAAUGUCAAAUUCUUCUCUAAUUUCUCGAUUCAAUACAGUUCGUUGCAACUUGAUUCAGAAUAUAAACAUCGAAAAACAAAUUGCAAAAUUUUGGGAGUUAGAAGAGCAUUUGGAUAAAAAAUCGAAGUCCAUUGAUGAGAAAUUGUGCGAAUCUCUUUUUAGCAAAACUGUAAAGAGAGAUGCAAAUGGCAUAUUCAUUGUCACAAUCCCCUUCAAGGGUAACCUUGAUCAGUUGGGUGAAUCCAAAGAACAAGCUGAGCGUCGUUUCUUGAAUUUAGAAAGAAAAUUAAAAAGAAAACCUGAACUCAAAAAAGAGUAUACUGCCUUCAUGACUGAAUACGAAAAACUAGGUCACAUGUCGAAAGAACUGGACGAAUCCUAUUCUCCUGUGUCUUAUUACAUGCCUCAUCAUUGUGUGGUUAGAAACGAUAGUCUCUCAACGAGA